AUGAAUGCUGAGAGCACGUUGGAACUGCUAUUGCGUUAUGAUGACGCCAAAAUGGCUUCUCGUUCUGCUGCUCAGGGUGGUGUGAUUGAGGACAUGCCAUCCGAAGAAGACCAAAUAGUAAGAAACGGGUGGAAGCUUGAUGCCAAUGAGGAUUUUGUCGGCACGAUAUCUCGUGUACGCCUCGUUAUUAGCGCUUCUUCUUUCUCCAGGUCUUGUCACAGUGAGCACGAACCCAUUACGCGUAUUGUUUUCCUUCUCCACUUGGUGUCGGCACUUCUGGUCCUGUUUGUAGUGGUCCCGAUGCUAGCCGUGCUGUGGCCAGUAGACAUUUGGUUGACCGCGCAUAUUCACUCUCAGGUUGAGAGUGGGAUAGAGUAG